AUUCAUGGUCCGGGUCAGUUUUAGAGUUUGGGGAAAAGGGGCUGUAUACACGAGUUGACAGGGAUUUAGACAAAAGUGCUGAUUAUGGAGAAUUCAUGGAUAAGAAAAAACCUGUACCUGAUGGGUGUGGGUGGAAGAUGGUAAGGAGAGCCACGUGGUGGGGUGUAGUCAUCAUAACACACAAAAGUAAGGAUAGUGAGAGAGAAAGGUUGGAUGAUGCUGUGUGGGUUGGAGAACGGUUAUAUUUUGAUCAAAGUGGGAAAAUUAUAAGAGAGUUUGGUAUGAAAAUUCUGCAGAAAGUGGAUUCCCAUGAGGUGAUGAAAUUUGGUGCAAAUUCACCGGGAACACAAAUGUUGGAGGAGUUAAAACAGAGGUUGCAGUCAGCACAACAGAAGAGGAAGACUGGGGCUGAUAAAGAGAGAAGAGAUGUGGUAUUUGAAGUGAGAGAAGGGGUGGAGUCCGAAGAUGAAGCUGGUGGUGCAACCAAAAGAGAUCAAGGAUUUUAGCUUGAGGACAAGCUAAAGCUGAAGGGGGGAGUAUUGAUAAGUACUACAGAAGGAUUAGGGGCAAAGGUAUGCAGCUAGUGUGGUGGUUGUUUGUGUGUGUAGAUAGCAUAUAGGUGUUGACAUUUGUUUGGCUGUUUUGUUAGUUGUUUCCUUAGGGUUGGUAGUAGUUAGAGGAUUCUGUUAGGGAGAGGAUUGUAUAAAGAAAGGAGGAGGAGGGGGAAAGGGAAGGGGGAUUUUCUGGUGGAGAACUGGGUGGGGAAGAGAGUAGGAGCCUCUCUCUAAUCAAAGCUAUCCGAAGUGUAUGGUUUGGGUGUUCAAUAAAGCUGCUGGAGUUUCUCUAAGGAGUGGUUCGAGCAUCAGAACCUUAACAAACACCCCCUCAUCUACAAAGAAACCUACACCUAGUGUGCUGUUCAAAAGUUUGCUCUAUAAGGAAUUACGCAAGCUUGUUCGGAAUCUGCGUUUGGCUCAAGAGCGACGUAAAUCUGUAACCGAGGAGACUGAGAAGAAAAUCAGUGCUGCUGUUGUGGCCGCCGAAAAGUCCCUUACCCGUUUCCUCUAUUCCCUGGCAAAACAAGUGCAGGGUGGACAGAGUGAUUCGUACUUGUAGAUAAUAAGUUGCAACUUUCAUUUGCUAUAUUUUCUGCAUGUCUGUUGCUCCAUUGCAUAAUUCUUCUGUAUUUGAUUUAGUACAAACAGCAAAUUACAUCAUUUUUCUUAGGAGGUCGUAAUGAUAUCUAGGUACGGUGAGAAUAUUUAUUCUGCAUUUCUCAUUGAGAGUAGGGUGAGUUUGUUGAAGGGUGUAUCGCUAGUAUACAAUUUGCAUUCAUCAGUCGUAGUGUCACGCACUCUGCUAGCUUAAGAUCUGAUAAGUACUAUAGAAUGAUUAGGGGUAAAGGUACGCAGCUAGUGGGGUGGUUGUUUGUUUGUGUAGAUAGCAUAUAGGUGUUGACAUUUGUUUGGCUGUUUUGUUAGUUGUUUCGCUAGGGUUGGUAGUAGUUUGAGGAUUCUGUUAGGGAGGGGAUUGUAUAAAGAAAGGAGGAGGAGGGGGAAAGGGUAUUAGGGAUUUUCUGGUUGAGAAUUGGGUGGGGAAGACAAGAGAGUAGGAGCUCUCUCUGAUCAAAGCUAUCCAAAGUGUACCUGGUUUGGAGUUCAAUAGAGCUGCUGGAAUUCCUCUAAGGAGCUGUUGAGAAUUCUGAACCCUAACAAAUUGGUAUCAGAGCAAGUCUGAGCCAUGACGAAGAACAACACGCAACGUUGGGAGCAAUUGGAAGAUACGGUCCAUGAUAGAUGCGAGAAAAUCGAAGAAACAAUGGCAGAUCUACAGAAGCAGUGUGCGAAAAUGGAUGAGCUGCAAAAACAAUGUUCGAAAAUCGAUUCGAUGGAGCAAAUGUAGGAAAAACUGUGUCGAAUGGUCGAUGGGAUCCAAAAUCGUCAGGGAUCUGGUCCUGAGACGAUUCCGCCACCGAUAACAAGUCAGGAAAGAUCGCAAGGUGUUCGCGACACAAGUCCGAGAACUAGUGGCAAUCCAGAGCCGCAAAUUGUAGAGGAUCGAGUACAGGAGGUUGAACAAGAGAGUAAGGAUCCGAUUCCAAAGACAGAAGCGGAUAAUGAAUCGUGUCAUCAAGAACGAUUCAUUGGGAGCAGUAAUUCGCAUUUCAAACAAAUGGAGAUGCUAGUAUUCGAAGGUAUGAAUGUUAACGCCUGGAUUACAAGAGCAAAAAGAUACUUUGAUAUGGGACGUUGUUCAGAGAGUGAGAAGCUGAGACUUGCGGCCAUGAGCAUUGACAGACAUGUGCUGAGCUGGUACGAUUACCAGAAUGGGAAGAAUCCAUUCCGAGAUUGGACUGAUGUAAGAGCGAGGAUGAUAAAAAGGUUCGGAGAAAAAAAAAUAGGUUCACCGUUCGACAGACUGCUCUCUUUGCGACAAACAGGUACGAUUGAGGAAUAUCUCUGUGAUUUUGAGGAAUUGUUAGCUCAAGUACCGCACACACCAGAUCCUAUGAUAGAUAGCACGUUUAAGAAUGGAUUGAAACCUGAAAUCAAGGAGAUCUUACAAGUGUUUCGACCAAAAGGGAUGGAUGAGAUUGUAGAUGUGGCAUUGAGCAUUGAGGGAAGCAAGCUCAGUACUGUUUGCAUGGAGAACUGGGGAGAGGAGAGCAAGAAUAUGAGGUCAGAAAAUUUAGGUUCAAUGUUUAGGACGAUGUCAUUGUCAAAGGGGAUUCAGAGCAAGCUGCAAAGUCAGCUGUCAAGAAACAACUCUCAAGAGAAAGGGAAACAGAUAAUGGGAGAGGAAAACAAAUGUUGAAAGUGCAGGACAGGAAAGGAAAUCGACAUACAAGAGGAUGUCAGAUGCAGAGUUUGAAGAGAAGAGAAGGAAAGGAAUGUGCUUCAGAUGUGAUGAAAAGUUCUUUGUUGGUCACAAAUGUAAGCAGAAAGAAUUGCAAGUUAUCUUGGCAGAAGAAGAGACAAGUCAGGCAGUGGAAGGGAGAGAAGGGGUGGAGUCCGAAGAUGAAGCUGGUGGUGCAACCGAAAGAGAUCAGGGAUUUUAGCUUGAGGACAAGCUAAAGCUGAAGGAGGGAGUAUUGAUAAGUACUAUAGAAUGAUUAGGGGUAAAGGUACGCAGCUAGUGAGGUGGUUGUUUGUUUGUGUAGAUAGCAUAUAGGUGUUGACAUUUGUUUGGCUGUUUUGUUAGUUGUUUCGCUAGGGUUGGUAGUAGUUAGAGGAUUCUGUUAGGGAGGGGAUUGUAUAAAGAAAGGAGGAGGAGGGGGAAAGGGGAUUAGGGAUUUUCUGGUUGAGAAUUGGGUGGGGAAGAGAGUAGGAGCCUCUCUCUAAUCAAAGCUAUCCAAAGUGUACCUGGUUUGGAGUUCAAUAGAGCUGCUGGAAUUCCUCUAAGGAGCUGUUGAGAAUUCUGAACCCUAACAAGAUCUUAGCUAAAGUGUGACUCAAGAUAUUGCAGACCCGAGUUUAUGUUGUCUGGUUCAAUAAUUCGGUUUGUUUUAGUGUUGGUUUGUAUUUGGUUAUUGCAGAACUUGUUAGCCCUGUAUUUGUCAGUUUUUUUAUUUGUAACUGCAUUAGUCAGUUUCUUUGAUGUAGUUAUAUGGGUGGUUGUUGUAAGUUUAAUGAAUGUUAAUGCAGAAAGUUUCAGAAAAAAAUAGAGUCCGAAACAGAAUUGAUCAUUUAUUCAUUCACGAGUUUGAUUAGUACCCAAGAAAGUGUUCUGGUGUAGAGGAGAAUUCGAUUUGCAACAGUGGUAUCAGAACUGCGUUGUUCUUCAAGGAACUGUGUGGAAGUUGUUUUCGAAAUGGAUCAAAGUGACGCUCGAAGCUUCAAGCCUUUCUGCGGUUGUGUUUGACGAUGAAAACUAACAAGUUUGGGCGGUGAGAAUGAAGGUAUUUUCGAAGGGUUCAGAUGUGUGGGAAGAUGUUAAAGUCCCUCCAUUAGGAAUCAAUCUUACGUUGAGCCAAAUAAACACACACAAGGAGAAAGUUACAAGGAAAGUAAAUGCCAUGGCCUACAUAUUGUUGGUUGUGUCUCCUUCGAUCUUCACAAAGAUUAUGAAACUGGAGAGUGCCA